UGCCAGUCAGUGCCACCUAUCAAUGCCAAUCAGUGCCACCUAUCAGUGCUGCCAAUCAGUGCCACCUAUCAGUGUCAGUCAGUGUCACCUAUCAGUGUACAUCAGUGAUACCUAUCAGUGCCAGUCAGUGCCGCCUAACAUUGCCAGUCAGUGCCGCCUAUCAGUGCCAGUCAGUGCUGCCUAUCAGUGCCGCCAAUCAGUGCCAUCAGUGCCUCCUCAUCAGUGCCCAUCAGUGCCACCUAUCAGUGUCCAUCAGUGC